GUGAAAUGAGUGUUAAAAUAAUAAUAAAAAAGGAGUAAAAAAAUGGAUUAAAGUAGUUACAGCUUUGGGGUAAAUGUGCUAAAUCAUCAUGAAAAUAAUGUUUUAAAAUGGCAAAAUAUGAAUUCUUAUUUCUUUGUUUUGGGGUGAACUAUGACCCAGACAGAGGCUUCAUAACCGAAAAACCAAAAAGUAAUAAAGCCUGCAACAGGUUGAUCAGCUUUCUCAACAGUUUUGCGGUUGAAUCUCUUGGCUUAAAUCCAAGUUGCAUGACCGUUUGUCCGUGGGUGCUCCGUGGAAUCCAGGAGGGGUUUGCCGCGGUGCAUUAACUGCAUUUGCUUCAUCCACUUCACAGUUCUGUGGAACUUUGAGAAAUCAUGCUGUCAAGGACCAGAUUAAGCAAAGCACAACAAGACUUUUGACAGCAACCGUGUAAAUGCCAUUGUAUGAGGAGUGAGACUCAACUCUAGAUCAAAUCUAUGGAGAUCACACAACGUCACCUGAACUUCAACCCAGAGUGACUUACACGCUGUCGCAGGAACGUCACAGCCGCUAGACACCGAGCGCAACACCACAUUACAGAAGUGAAGGCGAGACAUGGAAUACGAGGGAGUUGCGAGCAGUUCACGUGGAAAACAGAGAAGAAAUCCAUGUCUUCUUGUCGGUAUAAUUACGUUCCUUGCGUUUGCGAUUAUUCUGGCGGUUGUGUUAGUGUGUACACUGAAGAAAGAACACGGCCUGAGAGAAACUGUGUUGAGCAGAUGCCAGGGCUAUAUGGACGCCAACCCAUCUGCGUCGAGUGGCAAUGACUGCGAGAGAAUAUGGAGCAUGUUUGAACAAGCCUAUGUAGGAAAGGACCCAUGUGAUGUCCCUCCUGAAGCUUAUGAUCCUUUGAUAAAGUCUGUUCAACAAAAAGUACCCUGCAAUGAAAAUAUAUUCUGGAGCAAAACAAAUGACAUGGUCCAUGCAUUGACAAAGAACAGAGACUGUUUGAUGACUUUGGAGGACACGUUGUUGGGCUUCAUGUUCAAUAAACUUACCUGGUGUAGCAAGAAUGGAAGCAAAGAAACAUUCACCACAGGUUGUCCUGGUUGGAUGGAGUGUAUUAAUCCAGUGCACUCUUUUUGGACUAGGGCCUCUGCUAACUUUGCUGCUACUGCCUGUGGAAAUGUGUAUGUCAUGCUUAAUGGGUCCAUCAAUUCUCCUUUCAACCCAGAAAGUACAUUUGCAAGUGUUGAGGUGCAGAACUUUAACCCUGCCACAUUGGACGGCCUCACUGUACUUCUUGUCACCAAGGAUACUGACGUGAUGACAUGUUCUAAUAAGUCAUUGAUGGAUCUUCAAAUGCUACUCAGUUCUGGUCCUCUACAGGCAGUUACUUAUACAUGCAGAGUCAUUCCUCAAGCAAAAGUCAAGAAAUGCAUUGAUGACCUGGAGAUUCCUUGUAGUGACUGCUGGUAAACUCGUACAGUCGUCAUGGGAAUGAUGGAUCUUAGAGGAACUCAACCAAUAAACUGACAGAGGAGGACAACCUUACGUCUAGGAGGUCUAUUCCCAAAAUUAAAAUUAAAUCUGUGGGUAACUAAUGUACAAUACAAACAGGAUAAUGUGCUUGAAGAAUUCUCCAACAGUAUGCAAAAUAACAUAUUUCCAGUACCAUUUAAUUCCAACUAGAUUCGAAUUUGAUGAUUCUAUUUCUUUUUUUUUCUUCCUUUUUAAAUUUGUUUUGCCAUUAAUCAUUUCAUGUGUCGAAAUAACGCAUCUAAAAUAACAACAUAACUACAUUAUCAGCAAUGACAAACUUGCAUUUUUAUGGGGUACCAUUCAUGCCAAAUUGUAACUUUUCUUUUAUAUGAUGCAUUUGAUGAAGUUUUUGUUCUCUCGCUGUCUGGAUUUUUAGAAUUCUAUUAAACUGUUUAUGUUUACUGGCUUUUCUUACCCAGUGGUCAUUGUUCAUGUUGUACCCAGUCACGAAUGGUACCCCUUUUAAGUACUCUUUUUGUUCUUAAUUGGACUCUGAAGUGCGUGAAAAACUGUCUAAUGGUAAUUUAUUGUAUGUUGUGCUAAGCUUGAGGUAUAGUGUGAAAUUUGGUUUACAAAACAUGCACUUGAAAAAUGUUUUAAUGUGAAAAGUUUUUGUAUUGUCUGACUAAAACCUGGCUUAAACCAGAUUAAUAUAUUAGUGUAAAUGAGUCUUCUCCCCCAGGUCAUUGUUAUAAACAUGAGCCUCGCCUGAAGGGUCAAAGAAGAGGUGUUGCUACAAUUUAUAGUGAUGUUUUUGUUUACUGAGAGAUCAGGAUACACGUUUUGUAGUCUUUUGAAGUGAUAGUGCUUGAUGUGACAUCGUCUGAUAUAAAUAAAUAAAUAUCUUUUGGUCUUGCUAUA